AUGUCUGUAUUUAUGAGGUAGCUUAUAUUAAAAAAAAAUAAUGAAUUUGAUGUCAUGCAGUGUUCAUUAGCAAAGAAAAAUUUAAGUACGAGUUAUCUAAAAUAAUUUGCCUCGUUUUGAAACGUAUCUGGACGCGUGAGAAAGAAAGACGAGGAGAGUUCAGAAUGCCACCCUCAAUAUCUACAAAGUUGUAUAUAGGAAAUUUACCCGAAACAUGCAGGAAAGCAGAUCUACAAAAAAUGUUUGAAGCCUAUGGGAAGGUUAUUGAAUGUGACAUCGUCAGAAAUUACUGUUUUAUUCACUUUGAAAAUCCAAAUGAAGCCAAAAUGGCACAAGCCAAUUUAGAUGGUGUAGAUUUUGAGGGAGUGAAAUUGAAAGUGGAGAUGUCCCACAGUAAAGUAAGACAGAAACCCGGAAUGGGAGGGAAAGGAGAAUGUUACAGAUGUGGCAAAGAGGGACACUGGUCAAAGGAUUGUCCUAAAGGACCAUCCCGAGGAAAACCCAGAGGUCCAGAACCCCCAUACAGAGACCCUUACAGAGAUCCAUAUGAUCCUUACUACAGGGACAGGUACCUGCCCCCACCCCCUCCCCAUGACAGAUACAGGCCAUAUCCAGAGCCUUACGACAGGAGACCCCUCCCCCCACCCCCACCGAGGGAUCCUUACUUCAGAGAGAGGGACCCAUAUGCUAGGCCACCUCCAGAGUACUAUGGUCGUCGAUCACCACCUCCUCCUCCAGUUAGACCCAGAGGAGAUGAUCCAUAUUAUGACUCUUAUUACUCCAGAAGGUCAAGCUACCCUAUGCCACCACCUCCGGGAACUAAUCGUUUGUCGCCACCUCGUAGCCGCGUCCCGGCACCUUAUUGAACAUCGCAGACCCGCGUCGGAGGCCAAAGAUGGAACGCAGAAAAAAAAAUUACGCUUUGAUUUUUUCAUACGGACUUGUGAAACUCUGUCUUAGAGUGUUUGAUAGAGAAUAGAUUUCAUCCUAAAAAUGAUUUAUUAAAGAAUAAGAAGAAAUGAAUGGACAUAAUUGUGCUAACUGACUCUACGCUUCUGACUGGACGAACUUGCUCGUGAACUUAUCCAAGUCUACAAUAGACUCUCAGUUUUAAUUAUUUUUAUCGAAUUUUCAUACGUGUCAUUUGUAAAUACACUCAUUGUUCAUAAUGAGAAAAAAAAUAAAAAGAGUUUAAAAAAACAUGCUUUUCUCUCGGUUUUGAAUGAUUUAGUAAUUUCAGCUGAUACGGGUAUUCUCAGAGAGUAUGGCCUUGAUUUACGUGGAUGAAAUGAAUGAAAUAAUAUUGCGAUCAUCAAACUUUUGGUAAGAAUGAUAUCGAGACGGUGAACCGCGCUGGACAGUGCUCUACUGUUUUGAUUACUUAAUUAUUUGGUGCUUCCUCGUGUUUGUUAAAGUAUUGUCUUCCUAUUAAUGCAUAGUGAAUUGAUAAAUAGUCAAAUUAUACCUUAAAUGAUAAAGUAUGCUUAAACGAAUAAGACAUGGAUGUUUGGAUACAACACAGUGCUUGAUGUUGUAACACUCCAUCUGUAUUAUUUAAACAGUAGACAGUUUGGCUGAGUGGCUGAUUUCAUUAUCCUGCAGUGAGCCACCAGACUUGUUAUUCCAUGAAGACCCAUACUACUUCCACCAUCCAAGCUAGGACAAGACGACAGGUGGAUUUUUGAGACCACAAGAUCCAGAGAAUAAUUCCUCCAAACAUUGGCGAUGCUUAUUGUUCUAGGUCAAAAGAACAGGGAAGCAGGCAAUAAAUUCAUUUGUUAUAUAUUUGUUAAAUUAAAAUGAAUUUAUUUUU